AAAGUGCAUUCCAGCUUGACAGCUGCAGUUGCUGCUCCUGCUUUUUGCCGACAAACAUUUUCUCGUUCCACUCGGCAUAGCUCACAAAGUCGAUCCCGUUUCUUUUGUUCAGUAUCCUCAUCUGCGCAAAGCAACAGAUUAGCGCACGGCAUUUGGGCCAAAAUGUGUACCGGCGGAUUGCUUAUUACGAGCCGGAGUUUCGUCUGGUUCGUAGUUACACUGGUCGCGUGCAUGACGCUGUUCGGUGCCAUCGUACAGCCGAAGUGGCUCAUCGGUCCGGAAGAGAUACGAAUCUCGAACGAGGAAAGCAACUUCACCGUUGUCCGCCAUCCGUCGGUGGGAAUUUACAACAGAUGCAAACGCAUGGGCCAUACGGAGUACAACUGUGGCAACUUCGAUCUGUACGGGCUGAUGACGGAUUCGAGCGUGUUUCCCAUACCGUGGAAGUUCACCAUGUUCCUGAUGUGUAACGGGACGAUUCUGCUGAGCCUGACGCUGAUCGCCAUGCUCGUCACCUGCUGCCGCUUGCACUCGUUCUUCGGGUUCAGCAUGCACAAGUUUCUGUGCAUCUUCCAGGCCAUCUCCGCCAUGUUGGUGCUGUGCGGCUAUCUCGUCUAUCCGCUCGCCUGGGAUGUGCCGCGCGUGAAGAAACUUUGUGGACCGGAUGCUGAGCCUUACUCGCCCGCAGACUGCACGCUCGGUCCGUCCAUUUAUCUUGGUGCCGUCGGUGUGCUACUCGCUUUCGCGUGCACUGUGCUGAGCCUGAAGGCGGAAGCGGCCUACUACAGUGCCAAAGCGCAGCGUCGCGUCAUCGAUGGGGAUGUGCUGGUGUGCGUUAUGUAAAGCCGCACAAAACCAUGGCAUGCUCGAGCCGAACCUUCGCGAAUCUCUCUAUGUAUGUGUGGAUGUGGAUGUAAUGCGCAGCUUUCUUUAGCCUUCACCAUGGCAACUGCAUCAGACUAGCGGGUAAGAUAGACGUAGAGCAACUAGAGAGCGACAUCGAAGAAGGCGGGCCUGCCUUUCCGUCGCUACGUCCUCGUUGCGGGUCAGUCCGUCCUGCGGGGUCAGCAAUGCAUUUCACCACUUAUUUCGGAUGUAGGCCAAAUUAAACCAAAGUCAAUUCGGGAUACUCCAGUGAAAAAAGUCUCUACUCGAACAAUCCAGUAACGACGGCAUGCCCGCACACAUGGUACGACUUGUGGUGCUCUCUACUUCGCGCGUGAUCUGUUUUACUACAAACGAAUAUCAGUGCCUUCCAUUGAACCGGGUGCACAACCAUUUUUACUAUCCUAGUUAGUAAGUAAGUAAGCAUUUAGUGUGAUUCGAAACAUUCGCACGAAUUGUCCGGCAAGUGCCAAGUAUUUGCAUCGUUUGAUGCAUUUUUUGUAGGCCAUAUUUUCUCUCGACAUAAAUAUACAAGCUGUUUUGCAGCCUUUCUCGUUUCUUAUAAC